GAAUAAAUUCUCGGGACCUGCACAGCUUCGUGGGCAUACCCUGAGGUCUUACAUCCCUCCCCAGGCGCGCAGGCCAGCACGGGCCGCCCUCGCCAUCCGGACGAGCUCUGGGCCGCAAGGAACCAGGGGGUGGGUGGCGCAGGCCCGUGGCCACUGGAACCAGCGCGCCACCCCAGGCUCGUGUCCCGGGUUGGAAGCCGGGACAAACCUUUUCACACUUCUACAAAAAGCGCUCCAUGAGAUCGUUAACUAUUUCCCUAUCUGGGAAACACUGCGGAAAGGUGGUGGAAAACGACGCCAGGAUAGCAGCACUAGAACAGGCAUAUCCUUCAAGAAGGAUGAAAGAGGAGGGCUCAGGAGCCACUCCCGGCUCGGGCCGCCUGGGUAGGGAGGGUUCCGAGACGCGAAGCCUCGCGAGAACUGGGGUCAGCCGCUCGUUGCGUUGCCUAGCGACGCGAAGGACGCUCGCAGGCCCCCAGCCUAACCCCCGCAGUAGCCUUAAGUCUCCUACCAUGGGGGAAGAACGCGGCCGCAGCGGCAGUGAGACCACUAGGGAGCGGCAGAAGCUGAAGCAGCAGGCUCUGGAGUACUACCGGAAGAACGACGUUCCGCGCAGGCUGGAAGAGCUGCUCAACGCCACCUUCUACCUCAAGCCUGCCGACGUCUACGGGCACCUGGCAAACUGCUUUUCUAAACUUGCAAAGCCUCCGACCAUAUGCAAAGUGGUGGGGAAGACUGUGCUGGAUGGACUGGGGCUUCCCACCCUGCAGGUGGAGAUGUUCUGCACCGUCCAAAACUUCCACAAGAGCAUAUGUUCUGUGGCGAUGGCGACCGACUUCGAGGUGCAGGAGAACGCCUUCCCCGAGCUGGCGGAGGGGGAGGAGGCCGGGAGGCUCGACGCCGUCAGCACGGCCAUACAGUGGGUCAACGAGACCAUCACCCAGGACCUGCAGGGCCUUGAGCCCUCCAGCCAGGCCGAGGUGGACCAGGUGCUCAGGACAUUCUUUGAAAAUAAAGUACAAGAAGAUAAGGAGAGAAAAGACUUGGAAAAGGGCCUGGAAGACUCAGCAGAGCCCACCCCCGCACCUGUAACGCCAGCGUCACCUCCUCCUCCACCUGCAGCCAAAAAAAAGGGACAAAAGCCAGCCAUGAAGCCUUCUUUUAUAGAGAAACCUAUCGUGCCUCCCGAGCCCGCCGAACCCGUGCUCUGUGGCAGCAUGGCCGUCGGGGCCGUGUCACUGGCGGCGGCCAAAGCCAGCGCCGAGCUGAGCGGCAGUCCUCUGUACUUCAGGAUCGCUCUGCUGAAGCGCCAGCAGGAACCGCCAGCCAAGCUGACCAUCCCUCUGCUGAUGGUCUCUCUGGUCAGCUGUGGGAAGUCAUCACCUGGGAAGCUGAAUUUAAUGAAAGAAGUGAUUUGUAUACCCCAUCCUGGAUUAACCGCUAAACAGGGUGUGGAGAUGCUUAUGGAAAUCCAGAAACAAAUUAACAAAGCAAUCGAAACGCCGCCUCCUCAGAAAGCAGAGCCGAAGAAAGGGCAUAACGAAGGCAAAAGAGGUCAACAGCUGAUCACCGGCAAGAUGUCCCACCUCGGCUGUUUGACCAUCACGUCCGACACCAUAGAGCAGCCCCUGCUCCUCAUACAGGGAAUCUGCGAGAACCUGGGGCUGAAAAUGGGAAUGAACCUGCACCUGGCCAUCAACUGCGCCGCACAGGACCUGAUGGACUACAACAAAGGGAAGUACGAAGUGGUGACGGGAAUGUACAAAAACGCCACCGAGAUGAUUGACCUGUACGUGGACCUGAUCAACAAGUUCCCUUCCAUUGUUGCCUUGAUCGAUCCCUUCAGGAAAGAGGACUCUGAGCAGUGGGAGGGCCUCUAUAAUGCCAUUGGUUCCCGGUGUUACAUCAUCUCAGGAAGUGCCUCCAAAAGCAUCUCCAGACUCCUGGAGGACGGGAGCAUCCGCAGCCCCAAGUCCACUGGGCUGAUCAUCAAACACACAAAUCAAACUACAAUGUCGGACUUGGUGGAAAUAACCAAUCUCAUCCACAGUACGAGGCAGGUCACCGUGUUCGGAAGCACAGCAGGAGAGUGCCUUGACGACAGCAUCGCCGAUCUGGCUGUGGGACUGGGUGUCCGGUUUCUCAAGUUGGGAGGUCUUUCCCGUGGCGAGCGGGUGACUAAGUACAACCGCGUUUUCACUAUAGAGGAGGAGCUUGUCCGGAGCGGAAUUCUGGGUUUCAACGAAGAACUCGUCUUUUCUCAAGUGAGCAAGGAAGACAGGAAGGCCGCCAAGGCUGGCGAGUGGCCUGAGCCCUGCGUCCCCGAGGAGGCCGUAUAGGAACUGGCCACCCCGAGAGCGCCCUCGGCACGGGGCUGUGCGCACCCCACUUCACGGCCACGGCACUGGACUGGUCUGCAGCAUGCCCUCUUCCCACUGGUUGCGUGCCAAAUGUCGCUAACCCGUGUGCCGUCUUUCCCUCACCGUUUGGUAAAAUACACAGAUAGUAUUUCUGCCUGAAACUAUCCCUGUGGACUCUGUCUUACCAGCCGUCACCUUGCCACGGAGGUCGUGUUUGCGCACUGGCUCUGCUGUCCCUGAAUGGGGAGCCUGGGGCAGGGCGUCACCUAGGAACAGAGUCCAGAGCUUUUGUUGCCAAAUGCACACUCAGUUCAAACGCCGUGCACUUGACAAAGGAAGACAUCUCGGAAGACAAAACCCUUCACACGAGGAGCUCUCGGUGCCAGGGGCAGGUGCACACCUGUGUGUAUCUUACGCCCCGAGCGAGAAAGCACAGGCGGUGUCG